UUCACAGUCACUGAUUAUUCCUAUUUGAUUUCAAUCUGAUAGCUCGAACUAACCAAAGAAUUUUCCUCGACUCUGAUUCGACUCAGGACAGUCAUGGCAUAUCCCGAAGAUCCACGAGAACUCUCUCUCCCCAUUUUCAUCGUAUUUUUAUCCACCAGUGUUUGUGUUUGACUCAAGACAGUGGGGGAACGUGAAAAAAAAAAACAUCAAACAGCUGAAACACCCGUUACUGCAGUUUCAGUCGUCACUCAUUUCAAUUUUUAUUCCCAUCAUAUAUAUUAUGAUUUGGAUUGUUGGAUCGGGCGGGACACGUGUCGAUGAUGUGAGAUAUUUGGGACUGAAUUUUGUUUAAUCGGGGGUAAUGGAGGAGUGAGGUUAAUUGUGGAUGGAUGAGAAACGAGGAAUUUGGAGGAUUCGAGUGGAUCAAGAACAAAGGAUAAGAUUUUGGUUUCUAGGGGUGACUGGAUUUUUUUAGACCAUGUCUUGGCUGUUUUGCUUUCCCUGGCCUGAGGGGAUCAAGAAGAGAGCAUGCAGGUACCUUUUGCAGCGGUAUCUAGGACAAUUUUUGGAGGAGAAACUCACACUCGAUCAGUUGACUGUUGAUUUGUAUAAUGGCACGGGAAGGGUUACCAAUGUCAGCCUUGAUGUUCAGGCCCUCAACGAAAUGGGAGAGCAGCACCACUUGCCUCUGGAGUUCGUGGACGGUUGUAUAUCAGAGAUGUCCCUGAGUAUACCCUGGUCAGCUCUCCUGAGUGAAGCCAGCUACGUCGAGGUGAAGGGUCUCCGGCUGACUGUACAACCUCGCCAGAGGACAGAGACUGGCACCUCGAUGUUCGAGUCGAUGUGGAGUUCCAUGACAUCCAGCAUGCAGCUGGCCCAGGAAUGCCUGCAACAGGAUGCUAACAGUGCAGAGAAUUCACAACCCCUGGAAGGGGUCGAGUUGUUCGCUCAGACUAUAGACUCAAUACUCUCCCGAGUAAAAGUGAGAUUCCUGGAUACUGUGAUACGUCUGGAGCACGUGCCCCUGGAGUCGUCGACAGGAGUAGCACUAGAGAUGUGCAUAAGAAACCUAGAAUAUUCGGAUGAGGCAGGUUCAGAUCCAUCGACGCUCACCCCCGACCCAAACCAGCCCUCAAAGGGGUACAUUGUCUCUGCCUUCACCACAAAACGUUUUUACCUUGAGGGAGUGACUUUCCACAUCGACGAGUUCCCAUCACGAGCUCGAACCUUCUCCAGGAGUGUAAUGACAACCUCGAGAUGCUCGACCCCAGACAAUUUUUCAUCCGCUCAAAUAUCACCCUCGAUGCACACACCCCCAGAGAAGAGCCUAAUCAACAACUUGAGCCCCUCGAGUCCCAUAAUCUGUGCUAAACUCACAGGAAGACAGGAGAUCCGCCUGAAAUUGAAACAAGGAGAGGGUGUCUCUGGGCCAAAAGUGGAGCUGGAGGUCACCCUGGGAUCUUUCAUAAGUUUUCUGAGUCCUAGACAACUGCACGUCCUCCUGGAGCUCUGCCAUGGGCUCGCCUCCCCAGACCUAGAGGACAUGUCGAACGUCGCACCUCGUCCUUGUGUGGAACAACCCAUGGCAGGGGCUGAUUUCUCCAGGGUCGAGCGAGAGUUGAUACGCCAGCUGAAACCGAUCCCAGGGGUGAAGCCUGCAGAUCUAAGGAAUACCCAGUGCUGGUCGACUGCCUCUCUCGAGGACUCUGACAACGAGGAGGAGUUCCUCCCCAUGAAACUCCCAGGGAUGUCUGAUUCAGUCUCCACAAAUGCAGUCAGCAUGUCCGAGAGCACCAUGAGUACCAGCUCGAAGAGUUCUGUAAACGUUUCGCGUCCCCACAAGCACAGGACGAACGCCGAGACAGAUCCCAGUGCUGAGACGUCUCAAUUUCACGUUCGAGUAUCAUCGAUAGCUAUCGUCCUCCUCCACGAGGACAUUCUCACCCUGGGGAUUGAGUCCAGGGGCCUGACCAGUGCCAGCAUCGAGCAGAUGAGGACGACGUCAGAGAACUUCUUCGAGAGUUUAGGAAUCUUCGCUGCAGACUAUGGGAACAAGAACUUUGAGAGAGCUUCGACGAUGUUCCUGAAGGCCUGUGAUUUGAGUCACGUGAGAGUGCUAGCAGCUCCCCUGGUCAUCGAGGGUUCGGAGAAGACGACGUCGCAGGCCUCGGCCAUCAGUGCAAGCCUCACCCUGGCGAGUCUUGAAUUGAUAGAGUGCCUCAUAGACUCGAAUAAAUCUAAUGACAAUCAUAAUGUCGAGUUUGUCGAGCUUCUCACCUUCUCCAGGGCAGAGCCCCAGGGCUUCUCCAAUACUACAAACUUCAGGAUGAGAUUUAAGUACUCCGAGAAGGCCGUGCGUCACGCUCAGAUGACGAAAUUCGCGCAUCCCAGGACAGAAAUUGAGAUAACACUGGAGCCCUGUAGAUGUGAAUUAGACGUAACGAUCGUCGACAGGAUUUCAGCUGUCCUCAAUCCCCAACCCAUCUGCAUCAGCAAUCCUCCAACACGUGCUAGAGACAUGUGGAACCAGCAGACGAUGUUCUAUCAGGCUGUUGAGAGCCCCAUAAUCUCGGACUCCAGAACAGACAUCACGGUUUCAUCUUCGAAGAUGACAAUUAAACUGAGAUUUCCUGUUCCUGAUUUGCGACCUCUCCAUGACAUGAGCAGAGCUCCCUGGUGGACACGAUCUGUCAGACCUGACUUCAUCACUCUCACCCUGUACAACGCACAAGUGCACACCUCGAUGGAGAGCAAGAGCCAUCACCUGACGAGGCACGAGAUCCAGUGCAAAGAUCUUCUGGUUACUUACACAGAAAUUGAUUCAGACACACCGAUAGAGAUAGGAAGGAGUCAAGUCGACGAGAACACUGAUGGCUCACUCCAGCAUAAUGAUAACCAGUUCGGCUGGCCCAGGAUCGUGAUAACCCUCUUUCCCCAGCACCUGGGUGGCCCCCUGGAGGACUCUUCGGAGGAGGAGCCCAACUCGAGCUUCGACGAGGCCCUAAAUCCCCCCAGGCAUCAACCAUCUCCCUUCAGCUCCAAGAGAGUUAUCCACGAGUCCGACACACCCCACUCAGAAUCUGAAUCAUUCAAUAUGGAUGAGGAACGGAGGGAGGGAGAGGAGCUCGUGAUACCGGGUAAUCGCCAGGAGAUGCUGGAGUUCAUCGAGGAGGGCACCCACGGCUCUAAACUACAGAUUGAGAUAACUCUGCCCUGUUUAUCAGUUCAAAUUCCCUCUAAACAUCUAUACGAGCAGCUGUACAAUAGAAUUAACACUGAUAUCUUUUUGUGGGAGCCAUCAGCACCACGACCAGCUCAUCAACCCGAGCCCAAUGUCGGCCUAGACCUGGCAUCUGCAUUAUUCCAGGAGUCUAUUUACCCAAAAUUCAGUAUGUGCAAGAGUGGAAUUCAUUGUGACUCCGAUGUCGAUUCAGAUGAGGAUGGGGUGUACCACUCGACGGACAAAAGCUUUCAGAAUAUGGGAAAAUCACCCAAGAGUGGACAGACGAAGAUGUCCCUGACGUUGAAUAUACCUCAGGGUUUACUGAGUAUGUACACACCAGUUCGUGACGGAUCGUCGAAUGUGAUACCAGGACAGCAGGGGGAGUUGAUCCUCAGGGUGGAGGAUGCAACGAUAUUCUGUGUGAAUUCUUACAAAGGUGAUUCCAAUCUCGGGUACGUCUGCACGAUGGUGAAGACAGUGGGGCUGAAUCACUGUGGACUCAUCACAAUUCCCUCCCAGACACCUCCACUGAGAUCCAUCAACAGUGUGAUACCUAGACACUGUCAGCCAUUGAUUUAUAGAAGCAGGGAGGGCACUGAUCAGCUAGAGAAGGACAUGCUGACUGUGGCUGUGAGAAUUCAGGCUGCCCACCAGACACACCACAUCAAAACCUUCAGAGUGGCUGUUGGCAUCAGGAAUGCCACCCUCAGGCACAGAAUGUGCACCUCCCAAACAUCCUGGUUCUCUCAGUUCAUGGAUUGUCUCGAUGUUGUAGAUCAUCCUGUCGCUGGGUACUCACCACCUGGAGUACUCACUGAACUCCAUCUUCAUCUGUGGAAUUGCGCUGUUGAUUACAGACCUGUGUACCUGCCAAUGAGGUCCAUGCUGACGUUGGGGAGCUUCAAUGUGUCCUCGAACAUCGCUGCCAAGACCAAUACGUCGACCUUGAGAUUCAUUGCUGAGGAUAUUGCUCUGUUUAUCUCGGAGAAGCUGGGGAAUAACGUGGACUUGAGGAGGGAUUACGUUUGUGUUAUGGAUUUGGGCCUUUUUGAAUUGUCGUUGAGGUUGAACGAGAAGAUGUGUGGCGGUGGUCCCAGGGUGGAUCUCCGGGCGAGCAAUAAUGUCCUGCACAUCAGAACCUGUGCAGACUCAGGACGAGCCCUCACACAAUUGCUCACGUACUUUGCAAAUGACGGGGACAUGGCACCGAACACAGUCUCUACCGAAAGCAUCGCAGUGCCGUCCUCUGGGGAUGAGGAGAGUCUCCUGGGUGACGACAGCAUAAACACCCUAAGCAAGAGCCAAGAGGAACGAGUGAAUAGCCUGAUGGAGGAGGCAAUGGAGGACACAGUCAAGGGUUCUCCAUCACUCGAGAAGAAAGAGCCAAAAUCCGAGUCCAAGGUCGAGGUAUUUUUCUUCCCAGACGAGUCCCAUCCGGUUCUCUCCUCAGAGAUGAUCAACGACGGUUGCACUGGUCUUAAGCACUCGGACUCAGACCCUGACGAGGACUUCUGCAUUCUCGGAGAAGAGGCUGGAGCUGGAAUAAUGCCCAGGCACGGGGUCCCAGAGGUUCGCUGGCUAUCCCAGGACUAUAUCAAAGUCGUGGACAGUCACUUCUCAAUUCCACUGGGAAAGACAGACCUGCUGAAGGCCCCCAAGUCCUUUCCCCCAGCGAUCCUGAGGUACACGUUAUGCGAGAUGACUCUUAUCUGGCACAUGUACGGUGGAAAGGACUUUGGCAAGCCCCAGCCAUCGAAAAAACACGUCACCAUCGACGACUCCCAUCACAAGGAGUGCCUCGCACUGGGCAGAAGCGGAUCUGCUGUCGUUGGAUUCAGCAAAAUGUCACCGAAUGAAAUAAAAUUUGGCUCAGCCCCCAAUUCCCCCAGAAAAUCUAAAUCCCAGUCCAGUGAUUGGUGGACAGUGGGGGGUCCCGAACGUCAGCACGACGUCCUCAUGGAGCUCCAGCUCAACAAAGUACGUUUCCAGCACGAAUCAUACCCAGAGAAUACCCCUGAGGCCUCGAGGCAGGUCCUCCUGGUCAGUGGAAUCGAAAUAAGGGACAGGCUGGCAUCAUCCCAUAUCAAUAAAUUUUUGUAUCAGUACAGCAGCGAAGCCAGACCCAGACAGACACACGCCAAUAUGUUUGCUCUCAAGGCUGUCCACGUGAGACCUGAUCCAAAAUUAAAUGCUCAGGAGUGCUGCCUGAAACUCAGUCUUCUGCCACUUCGCUUGAACAUCGAUCAGGACAGUCUUCUCUUUCUCAUUGAUUUUUUUACUGAACUAGCUGGUAGCCCCAAGGCCACACCGGAGACGAUCAAUGGCCCAGGGAAUACUACGUCAUCACCAGGAUCAAAACAAGGAACUCCAACUCAUCAUCCACCAGUGAUGAGUGUUAAUGAUGGAGAGGGUGAGGUAGCGGAGGAUGAAGUGGUCAAGGAAGCAGACUUUGUGGAUCAGAAUCUCAUGAUUCUCCUGGAGGACGAGUUGAUGAUCAAAGAGAGCAAGCAGAAAGUGAAGAAAUCGAGAGGAUGUCAGGAGGACUCUAAGCCAAUUUAUUUCAGGAGUGUUAUCUUUGCACCUGAGGUGUUUGUGAGGCUUGAUUAUCAUGGAAAGAGAGUGGAUCUUACUCAUGGGCCCAUGGCUGGACUGCUGAUGGGCCUUGGUCAGCUCAAUUGCUCGGAGCUGAGGCUCAAGAGGUUGACUUAUAGGCAUGGACUCCUGGGGUUUGAGAAGCUCAUGGCUUAUCUGCUUUCUGAGUGGCUGCAGGAUAUCAAGAAGAAUCAGCUGCCCAGUUUGCUGGGGGGUGUGGGACCCAUGCACUCGUUGGUCCAGCUGUUUCAGGGGAUCAGGGAUCUCUUCUGGAUGCCCAUCGAGCAGUAUCAGAAGGAUGGGAGAAUUGUCAGGGGCCUGCAGAGGGGGGCCAAUAGCUUUACCACUUCCACCGCCAUGGCUGCACUCGAAUUGACGUCCCGGCUUGUCCAUGCUAUUCAGAGCACUGCCGAGACUGCUUAUGACAUGGUCAGUCCUGGGCCCAGUGUCACGAGGAAGAGAAAGGGACAGAAGGGCAGGAGGAAACGAUAUAGCCAGCCACUCGAUAUCAGGGAGGGCAUGGCCAAUGCUUAUAUGCUAGUCAAAGAGGGACUGGGUGAAACAGCGAAUCAACUGGUGCAAGUAGCAAGUGAGGAGCACCAGCAGAAAGGCGUAUCUGGAGCUGUUGGUGGUGUUUUGAGACAAAUUCCCCCAACAGUUGUGAAACCGAUAAUACUAGCCACCGAGGCGACUAGUAAUGUCCUGGGGGGAAUGAAAUCACAAUUGGUGCCAGAUGCGAGGCAUGAAGCAGCUCAGAAGUGGCGACAGGAUCCUCGGGACGUCAAUUAGGGCGAGCAACUUUUUUUUUAUUCGCAUAAAACGAAACAAUUAAUCGAUCACUCGAAUCGCGCAAAGAAUGGGAUUUAACUCAAUGUCAAUUUUAUUUUCUAUUCGAGAUGGGAGGCGAUAGAUUUAAUGCCAAUAUCCAACGAAUUCGAUUUUUUGCGUGAAUGCCAUAAAUUAGUUUCGUUAAUUAGAGUAAGGUGUGGUGCCAGGGGAGAAUUCGCCCACAAACUUCUGAGGUAAGUGCAGUGAUUGAAUUUUUUGGGAUACGUUGAACGAUGGAGAUGAUUUAUAUUUGUAGAGUUUAAUGGAGAUGAAUGAUACAGCUGUAAUGUAUAUAUUAUCAUCACUCGUAAGUAUUUUUGUUCUAACGAUGUUUUUUAUCAGUGAUAUAUAUGUAAUGAGACAAUUUUUUUUAUUAAUAAACGUAUGCGCAGUUCAAUCAAAAA